UGGGAGAAUGCGCGGUUAUUUCAUCUAAAAAAUAACCUUAUUAAUCAAAAGGUGUUAGGUUUCGCCAUCUCCGCUAUAAAAACCGUAUCCGCUUCGAGGUCGAACAGCACCAACUUAACGUCGCUCGAGGCUCGUCGGGCGAAAGCAUCCAAGAGUUAGCCUUGUUCAGACUUUUUACACAAGUGGCAGCGCCACAAACGCAAAGUUGGCAAUGCUUGUUUCAAAUCUACUUUCGUGUAUCGUGUUGGUUAUCAAUCUAUUUACAACGCAGACGGCGAUUGGUUUUGGGCAACAAAAGACGCCGAGUUAUUCAACACCUGAGGAAAAGCAGGGUGUUUUGAUAAGGAGCUUACGAAGCUAUGAAAUCGAUUUUCCUACAAUAACUGAUGGCGAAAAAGCUCACUUAGGUUACCUUACUGACGGCUCUAGCAGACGUAGACGGAGAAGGGCGAUAAACGUAGCAGACGACAACGAUCGUUUCCACUAUAAAUUCAGGGCAAAUGGUCAGGAUUACCACUUGAAGUUACGCAUAAACAAACAUCUAGUUGGUCCGGAUUUCAAAGUUGAACAUUACUAUGGCAAUGGUACAUUGGAAAGCUCUGAGAUGGAGGAACACUGCUAUUUGAUAGGCAAAACAAUUCCUCAUAAAUUCGAAGCUGCUGUCAGCGAUUGCGAUGGAUUGUCUGGUGUGGUGAAUACUGAGGAGGAUAUGUUAUAUAUUGAACCAUUGCUCAAUAUCUCGUACGUCGAUGAAGCUCUGCUGAAUGGAACUGGUAGACCACAUCUAGUCUACAGGCAUAGUCAGUUGCCAAAUUAUGCUAUGGGAUUUGAUGGACUGGGUAUUACUCGCAUAGAGCCAGCAAAUUCGAGAGCCUCCAGAAGGCGAGCUCCGAGGCGUAGAAAUAUUCAAUUUAGCUUCCUCAAGUUUAUCAAUAGAAGCAAAAGGAUCGUUAAGUUAAUGUGGGUGGACAGACGAAGAAAACCUACAUUCUUUGCCACCUUGAUGCCAGGCACUUCGAGACUUGUGAACACUUUUACAUCACACAAAUGGAUGGCCUUGGAUGAAGACACGAAUAAACAAUUUUUGGUGGGAAACAAACGAGAGUACACACCAAGAAAGAAUAAAGAAUCACGGAGGACAAACGUUCUAAUCACUUUACCACGUGGAAUAAGACUUAAGCCUACGAGUGAGAAAGAAAUACGCGCCAAGGUUGGAAAGAAAUACGUCGAAUCCAUGGCUGUUGCAGAUAAAUCUGUUGUCGAGUUUCAUGGCAAGCAAAGAGUAUCACGUUAUGUCCUGGCUUUAAUGAACGUGGUUUCAUUCAUCUUCAAGCAUAAAAGCCUUGGAUUUAGCAUUGACUACGUUGUUGUUAGAAUUGUAUUGUUACAUAAAGAUCCUGAGAUCGUUACCUUAGAAAAAGAUAAUCCCGCGAAAAGUCUUAUGUCUACUUGCCAAUUCAUGUUGAAUAUAAGAAUUGGUCGAAGCGACGCGGACCCCAAAUUCCACGAUCAUGCAACAUUCUUGACAAGAAAAGUAUUUGGUACUGCAGCUGGUUACGCCCCGGUCCGUGGGAUGUGUCACCCGACGAAAAGUUGCACUCUCAACCAAGAAGAUGGUUUUCCAUCCGCAUUUAUUAUUGCUCACGAGUCUGGUCACUCACUCGGCAUGGAACACGAUGGAGAGAAAAACAGAUGCUCAUCGGUCACUAGCCAUGGCAGCAUCAUGGCACCACUAGUUCAAUCCAGGUUAAAUCGCUUCAUGUGGUCCUCGUGUAGUCGCAAGGAGCUAAUGGGAAGUAUCAGGAAUUUCCCUUGCUUGAACGAUAAACCAGGUAAAAAGCACGAAGAUGACCUCCCAUACCUACACAGGUAUCCUGGUGUUCAUUACUCCGUCGAUGAUCAGUGCCUGUUUGAUUUUGGCAAAGGAUACUCUUUCUGCAGAGCUUUUCAUCGAAAUCCUUGUCAAAUAUUGUGGUGUAACAUGCCUCCACCUCAUAAUCAUUUAUGUAAAAGUAUGAGAGCUCCUGCACUGAAUGGAACCGAAUGUGCCACAGGAAAGUGGUGUGUAGCAGGUCGGUGCGUUAGAAGAACCGAGAAGAUAAUAAAACCGAAAGCCAUCGACGGCAACUGGACUGAUUGGCAGAACUGGGAAGCAUGCUCGCAAGAGUGUGGUCUUGGCGUUCGCAUUCGUCGACGAACUUGCGAUAGUCCAGCACCCCGCCAUGGCGGUAAAGAUUGUGUCGGAAGUUCCAUGGAAGAAGACGUCUGCAAAAUUAAGGACUGUGAACACACAAUACCACUGUACAAAAACAAUCUGAGGAACCAAUGCGUUGAAAUCGGUAGGAAGAGAGAUAAAUACCGACCGUGGUCAUACUAUGACGAAAGUUCAGUGAAUUUGAAUUGCACGUUUGAGCAUAAUUUCUGCGCCUGGAUCAACCUAAAACGAGAUGAUGAACGCGACUGGACCUUGAACCGAGGCAGAACGAGAACUUCCAAAACUGGACCCUCGGUUGACCACACUACAAACUCGACGCGUGGUCAGUACAUCUAUUUCGAGUCGUCCAGCCCCGUCAGAAAUAAGGACAAGGCGGCUAUAGCGAGCCCCGACAUGGCUGUUCGUCGCGCGUGUCUCUCGUUCUAUUACCACAUGUUUGGUCAUCGUAUGGGGAGUCUGAAAGUCGUGAGGAUAAAUGCCAAAGGUCGCCGGAUUUUGUGGGCGAAACACACGAAUCAAGGAGACCGCUGGUUGAACGCCAAAAUUGAUAUCGAGGAAUCCAGUGUAUAUAAUCUUGUUAUCGAAGCUCAUCGUAAAGACAGCUACUUAGGUGACAUUGCGUUGGACGAUAUAACGUUUACUGUUGGAUCUUGUGAUGAUAAAAAUACCAACAACACUGAAGCCAACGGCGCUUGUGAAGUGUCCUGUAUUAGAGGUGGAUCGAACAAGAGAAUAUACAUGAACAAUAUUCUCAAGAACGGAAUUCGUUGCAGCGAUGACUCAGCGUUGGAUAUUUGCAUUAAUGGCGUGUGCAGAAAAGUUGGUUGUGACAAUGUUCUUGAUUCUGGAAAGAAGUUUGACCGCUGCGGUGUUUGUGAUGGGAAUGGAACUUCAUGUAAACUCAACGCAGGAAAUAUAAAGCUUACUCAGAACGAGGAUAUGGAGGUAGUGUUGAAUGUUCCAAAAGGAUCAUCUAGUCUAAACGUCAAGAAACGCUCAAAUUCAAAUAAUCUUUUAGUGUUAAGUGUAGGAGACCCGGACGAGCCUGACGAUAUUGAACAUAUUAUCAACGGAGAUGUUCAAGAAUCACCGCCAGCUAUUUAUUAUGGCGGGGGAACCCAAUAUGUGUACACUAAUGAACAUGGUGAAGAAGUGAUCAAGUCCUUGGGCGUCGUGAAAAAACCCGUUUUUCUCAAUAUAAAGGCAAAAGAAAGGACACGAUAUUCUCCAAUCGAAGUAACAUACGAGUAUUUCGACCUUCUGGACAUAAAAGCAGGAAGGGAAAUCCCAGGAGUUAGCGCAGUGACGCUAGAAAACACAGAAAUGAGAACCCGCCCUACGGUCAGUGUUGAAGCUUUAACUCCAGAGGCCACACCCGAGCCAACACCAGCAGUUCAGGAAGAACAACCUCGAUGGGUUAUUACAGAUAAUUGGACACCAUGUUCUCGUUCAUGCGGAAAGGGAGUGACAUUUCUAAAAUAUUUCUGUAAAAUUGGAGAUCAAAUACAACCCAGACUGCUUUGCAAGGAUUUGACUUUGGACGUCAAGGAGAGAUUCCGUUACUGCAAUAUACACCCUUGUGAGAAUGCAUAUCAAUGGUUACCUGGGCCGUGGAGCACCUGCUCGCAAACUUGCUCUCUUGGUAUUAUGACGCGCCAAGUCACGUGCGUCGAACUAGCUGGGAAAAAACAGGUUGCACCUGCGCGUUGCGGGGGAUGGAAACCAAGUGAGACGAAGGCUUGCAUCUUGGAGGUUUGCGAACCCAAGUGGUCGACUGGAAACUGGACUGAGUGCACUGCGACAUGCGGCCUUGGCAGCCAGACACGAGAGGUAAUAUGUGUUGAUCAGCGAGGACAACGUAUAAGUGGCUGCAAUCGGACCACAGAGCCGGAGUCGAGGAGAAACUGUCGCAAGCCUGCCUGUGCAAGUCCACCUGCAGGUAGGAAAAUGAUUAAAGAUCCAUUGGACUGUAAUUUCGAGAAGGGCUUGUGCGAGUGGACACAGAUGACGAAUGACAAUUUCGACUGGCAGAGAAACCAAGGAAGAACCAAAAGCACGGAAACUGGACCAAAUCAUGAUCACACACUCAAAAAUAGAGCAGGUCACUAUAUGUUCAUCGAGGCAUCGAAUCCCCAACGGCAGGACCAUCGGGCUAGGCUCAUUAGCCCGGAGGUGAACGCUCGACAAGCCUGUCUCACGUUCUACUAUCACAUGUGGGGCAGCGACACAGGCAAGCUGAGGGUGAAGUUCCUCACAGAAAGCGGAUAUAUGAACCAAUAUGCUUGGUCGAAAAUAGGCGAUCAAGGGAGGAAAUGGACUAGAGCUGAAGUGAAUAUACCCAUCGGUUUAUCAUACCAGAUAGUCAUUGAGGCAAUUCGUGGCCGAGGGUGGAGAGGGGAUAUAGCAAUUGAUGACAUAGUAUUUCAUCACGUAGGAUGCCGAGAAAUGCGAAAUCUGAAAGUUCACAUUCACAGUGGGAAACAGGCGAGGAGAGCAAACACGGCUGGCAACUCGGAAUAGAAGAAAUAACCGAACAUUAAUAUUUAUAAAUUUCCAAAUAGAGUAGAAUUGGAUCAAAGGGAAAUAGGAUCAAAGGACAAGUCCAACAAGGGAUGUCCUAUCUGGUCAUAUAGCAAUUUUUAAAAUUUCAUAAUUGCAAUUAAUCGUUUCUUAAAAUGUCGAAGAAGCUGAAAGCUAACGAAAUAACCAAGGCAGGAAGAAUCUGUCUUUAACAAUAUAUAAAAACACGCUCAUACGAGCCUAAUUGUCCAUUUAAGAUUUAAAUUUUAAUCUAUAGAUAUAUUUGACUUCCCACCUUAUAUCCAAAGAUGAAGCCGAUAUUUUUAGUCUUUUCCAAAUUGCACCGAACAUGGCUGAAAGGAGAGGAAAGAAUUAUAAACAUAAUAAAAAAGAAAUAAUUUUAUAGACAAAUUAAAUAACCUAAGUCGUGUGGUACGAGCGACAAGAUUGCAGCAACUUUUAACAAAAAAAGUCAAUUUCAUUUUAAUAAUGCAUUCUCAAAUUUAUGCAUUCAGAGGCCAAAAGGGGACAUUAAUAUAAAUUUGCCAAGUGGUGAAAACCAAGAGUUGCAGCAAUGCUCGCAUUUUCAUGUUUAAUUUGAAUCCACACUGAAAUUAUUGCUCAGUAGAGGCCGGAAAAGCAGCCAUCUUUUUAACCGUCCUAUCCUACAAAAAAGGACUUAUAUUACUAUAGUCUUUAUUUGAAUAUGGACAAUUCUGGCUGCAUGCGAAUUAUACUGGUCAGUAUCGUGUAAAACUUUAGAAUUAUUAUCGUCUUAUAAAUAUAUAGAAUGUAAUAUGUUUGAUAUUUAAAAUGGUCCCUGUGGUACCCUAGCUAUUGUCUUAGUCCAAUUAUAUAAUGUAAAUAUUGAUAAUGAAAGAUACACUGAAGGUACGUUACUAUCGUACUUUGCAUUUUUUUUUAUACUCAAUUGAUAUUGUAAAUUUGCAAUUUGUAAUUUUCU